GCUGACAGUCAGCCUCAGAUUUCGGCACAGCGAGAGCCUCAGAAGCCAGCCAUCCAAACUUCGGUGGAGCCUCCUGAAAGUGUUGUGACUGGAGAGAGUGUGACUGGGAAGGUAGUGGAGGAGUACCGCUAUGAUUCUGGUAAGCCAGAUGAACGAGUGAGUGGCGAGCAACCUGCUGAAGGUGGCGGCGAUUUCAUGAAGCCAGCAGCAUCAUCGGUGUAUGCAACGAUUCCAAGCGUUUUAGCCCAACAACCAGCAGCAGCAUCUACCACGACAGUAGAGACCACGGUGAAAUUGCAACCGCACAUUCCUUCCCGUGAGCAUGCUCCAGUCCAAGCGGAGAGCGUGCAAACGCAAGAGUUCAUCUCACAAGAAACGAUGGGUAAUUUAGAACCAAAGAAAUUAAUCGAAGAAACAGUCAGACCGAAAGACGAUCAGUACGCUGAAGAACCGAAUAAAGUGAAAGAUCUAGAGGGAUUGGCUAAAAAAGAAGCAGAAGAGUUGCAGAAACUGUUCGAAGAGUAUCAAAUUAUUGCAGAAAAACCUGCAGAACCAGCGUCGUAUUCGAAACCAAUGCCAGUAGCAGAGUACGCGCAGCUGCACCAAACCCCACAGCAACAAAUCAAAACAAUUCCACCGGAACAUCCACCCUUUCCAUCAGCUUCAUUUGAACAAGAAUCACCACUCAAGGAUAGCACCUAUCAACCCGGACAAGUACCAGUUCCUCAACAACAACCAGAAGAGUUGCCUUCGCAACCGAUUCAGAGCACUAAUUUAGCCACUGAACAUGAUCAACCUGGUCAACAUCGGGUUCGUAGCGAUCGCCCCGGAAGAAUUUUGGGUAUUCGAGUCGAGAAACCAGAAUAUGAGGAGGCAAAAGUGAAGCGCUUCGUUGAAACGGUGCAAACUCCGGAAGAAUUCGAGUACAGUCGUUCUCAUCCAGUUAGGGUGGGAGAACAUUUAGGAGCAAAAGUGAGCGAAACAGAUCAACAGCGAUCUAAAGAUGAAGCAUUGGAACGUCAACGCGAUCAACAGGAAACUGCGGCAGCAACAGCAGCAAUUGAGUUGGCAUCCGAUGAAAUGAAGCGAUUAGCUGAAGUGGACAUAUACGUUCAGGAUGCAAUGGACUACGUGAGUGCUCAACGACAAGAACAAGACGAAAUGUAUCGUGCCCAGUAUCCUCUACCAGAAGGUCAACAAGCCGCACAAGCCGGCUCACGAAUGGACACCAUUUCUGGCUUCGUGAUCGAAGAAGAGAUGUUAGAGAGUGUCGGACGUAGUGGGGGACAUCAACUACCACUUAGUGGCCUUCAAAAACAAGCACAACAAUUACAAAAGAAACCUGAAGAUGGUCGUGUUUCCGAGCGUGAACGUGAGGAUGUUCAUGAGCACGAGCCUGAGCAUGGUCGAGAUCGGGAUCGGGAAAAAGCUCGAGAAGUGGAUCGUGAGCAUGAUAGGGAACAAGAACGAGGGCAUCUGAAAGCAACGUUUAGCAAUGAACAAAUAUCUGGUGAAGCAACCAGUGAGUUGGUUCAUACAAAUGAGGAAUUCGAAAAAAUCGAACAUAUCGCUGAGCUGGAUGAUACGAUGACAUAUGCACCCGAGAUUCAAUCAAUUGAAAUCCCACCGGAUCGUUCCAGUGAGAACAGUGAGAAUCUGCAGGAGUAUUUCGAUCAAGUGGCAGCCGAAUGCAUGGUCGGUGUGUUCAAGCAACCUCAAAAGCCGGGACGAUUCCCGACCGAAGCGCCAUCGGCAAUUCCGACGCAGAAACUAACGGAUAUGACGCCCUCUAUAUCGUCAGCAAAAAGUUAUACGUCCAGUGAAGGCGAACGUGUGAGCAUCUUGCUUAUCUAUUGA